CGUCAUUGCCUCGCGACCGAACGUGCCUCUCCGGUCAGCAUUAGCUUAGUUCUCUGUUUCCACACGUCUACGCUCACUAUGCGGAAAUAAUUGGCUACAUAGCUCACUCGUUUGGUUUAAUUGUGCUUAUUUAUGAAAACGACCAACACGGAAACACACCAAAGGAGUUUACGUGUGGGAAAAUGAGCUCGGAUGACAAGGAAUUGUCGGACGCGUUUCGGCUAAACGCGUCCCUGCUGUUUCAAGAAAGCUGUCCUGAGGAAUCCCGAUUUUUCCUCGAGCAGCAUUUCGCAGGCCUCGACAUAAAGAAUCCAGAAUCCGCUGCGUUGGACAAAACAUCAGUGUGCCAGUACUGCUUCCAGUGGCUGCGGCCCGACAACCACCGGGUGCGCCUGCGAGCCAAACGCCGGCCGUCCGCCAGGCUGCGGCGGCGAGCCGGGGGUCGUGCGCUCGGCCUGGUGCAGAAACGCCUGCUGCGGCGCUUCUGGACGUCGGCGUCUGCCCUGGUGAGCCUUCAGAUGGCCACCUGCCACACCUGCAGCAAGACAUCCAGACACAAAGGAAUGAACCGGGAGUUGUUGUCCACCUUCCACACCCCGGGCAGCGGCGGCAAGCACAAGACGCCUUUGUCGGCCGCCGCGAGCACGCCCGCCAAGACCCCCGGCAAGGACAAGACCGCCCGCCGCACCCCCAGGUCGUCCACGUCCUCCGGCACGCCCGGCUCGAUCUCCUCGUCCUCCUCCACCCCUUCCGCCACCAAGACCCCCUCCAAGGGCAAGAAUUGGGUGGUCCAGCGUCUUAGCAAGCUCCUGUUGCGCGAGGACAAGCCGGAUGGCAAGAAGGGAAGCUUGAAGGACUUCCUCUCCUCACUCUGAGUCGCCUCUUCUUCUUUUCUUUUUGUUAACAAAGCUGUUUACACUUAAGGAAGGAAGGGAGGGAAGCUACUUUUGGUUCCUGAGGUGCUACAGCGCCCCCUCAGUCUGGGAUGUUGCAACAUCACCGCCGCGAACCUCAAAGUGACCAAGUGAUGCUUUUGUUGAGGUUUUGAUGUGGAAAUUCCUUCAAUGAGCAUUUCUGCUACACUGCUGCAUGUGGAAUAUUUGAGGGAUUGAUCGGUAUUGAUCAACGCCACGGUGAUGUUGUUUGGUGUGGCAGGACAUGCUAAUUUAUCAAUAUUUUAACUUUUUUAAGAAAUGUACAAACAAUAUGAUUUGCUUUAUUUGCUUUGAAAAAGUUAGCUGUUGAUCAUCUUAUUGUCUCAUUUUCUUUACAAAAUUCAGUUGUUUUUUACAGUGAAGCAAAAAAAAAACAAUUUAAAUGUAAUUUGGUAAUACAGUAUUUAGUUGUUGGCCAUAUGUGCUGACUGCAAAAGUAUGUGCAUUUUAUUUUUUCUUUGUAUGAAAUUUUUGGAAUUAAGGAUCAAAACGUUUUGAUAAGGUAACUUGUGUAUCAAUGUUUUGUUUUUUCCCUAUGGCUUUAUAUUUUGAUUUACACACGUAUGAUUUGCUCUCCCAUGACAAUUCAAACUAGUUUACUAAAUGGCUUUUUGUUGCAGAUAAAAUGUUUACAAUAUAUUUACAAGGUAAUAACAUUUGUGGUUAUUAUUUGUUUAAUAUUCUCAGAUUUCUAUAUAUAAAGUGUUCUUUCCCGCCUAGCUAUCUUAACAUUGUAUCAGGCUUUAAUACCUCAUUUUGAUUUCUAUUUCACGUCGCUAUGAAAUAAAACCUUUUCAUAAAGUGAAA